AUGAGUACACGCCUUCUUUUGCUCAUUGCCCUCGCCUCUACCUGGUCAGGUUCCAAGACAGUGUACGGCAGUAGCUCCGCUGCUGCUGAUACUCGCGUUGCUAAUGGACAAGCUGCCGCCGCCGCCAGGACUGUCGCCGAUGGCAGCAGCGGUAGUGGUUUUCAUCAUGAGGGCCUUAUAGGUAGCAGCAGCAGCAGCAGACGGAGCAGCGGAAGUGCAGACUUUUCAUUUGAGGGCCCCAGGGGGUGGCGGUCGGGACAGUUCGGCGAUGCGAGGUCGCUGGCGGAAGCGAGGUGUCCGUUGACGGCAGUCAACGCGAAUAUUGUUUCGAGUUUGAAUCUGGGAACGACUGUCCAUCCGAAAUGCAAGGGCAGUUACGUCAGUAGUACCAUCAACGGCAAGUCUACUAACAAAUUUAAGUUGGAAGUAGAGAAAGCUAAUAACAUGGCGCUUAAGGGUACGGACUUCAACAUGAACGCCAGUCAGAUCAUGCAGAUGACGUGGUGCAUCACUCUUCGUGCCCCCUGCUCUACCCUGGAGCAAUUAUGUGGCAACCGGCCGUCUUGCAGUACACCGGCGGAGACAUGGACAACGAGCAACCGUACAUUCGCGCUGACGCUGCCGUCAGCACUGUCAGGCGUCGAGAGUCACGUACUCAGCUCGGGUUACCCAAAAUGUGUUGGCCAGCGGAUCAGUUCCACAUGGCAGCUUGGCCCCGGCGGCUGCAUCUCAACAGCGUUGCAGGUGACGCACUCAAGCAGCAACUUGACUACGGUUACUGUACGGCUGUACGGCAAUGUAUCCGCUUCGUCGCAAUCCAAUUCGUCGAACUGCGAAGAGCUGCUAAGGAACCUAACGUCGCCAGCUUGGUCCAUGAUUAGGCUUGCUGACCCCAACGUCACAGCUGAAGUGGCGCAAAAAAAUAGCUCCACUCCCGCCGCCUUUAUGUUCAACACCACCUUGCUGGUGCCCUUUCGCAUAGCUGCUGGCAAAAACAUGACUUUUAAUUUCACCAUCAGCGGCAAUAAGGCCAUAAACGAUAUCUGUGAACAGCGCGUCCUGGAUUCCCAAAGUACAGAUACAUGUGUCGUACAUGUGUUCGACAAUGUGAAUUGCAUGGUAGGGAUUGUUAGUGAUACCGAAACCCCACCGGGCCCAGUUGUUGGCUUGGGCGGCGCUCCGAUGAUUAAUCGUACGGCCAGCCCGCCGCCGCAGCAGCAGCCACCGGUUGACACGUCAAACACCCGCGUGGAUAACACCACUGUAGUGACGAAAGCUACUUCCAGCAACAGCAGCAAGCUCAGCAACGGGCAAAUUGCGCUGAUCGUGUGUCUCAUAGUCGGCGCGGUCAUCCUCGCGAUUGUUUUUCUGGUGCUGCUGUGGCGCCGGCGCAACAAGUACGACGUCGGCCACAGCGUCGAGGCCCAAGGGCAGGGAGAGACCCUUCCGUACAAUCACCUGCCGCAAUCGGAUGAAGCACGGUAG